CCAAAUUGGACUGACCUCGGCGGUCGAUGGGGGUUGUCAGUCCGUUUACGGUACCGGCAUCUCAAGCAUGUGUUAGACACAACGUUAGCUCAAGCUUUCGUUGUCCGUGUCUGCUGCUUCGUCCGUCGCGCUCAAGGCACCCGGACCUGGCGAUGAACGACAGACUGCUGUCCAUCACAUCAACACCGUAUCGACGUCGUCGCAGACAUAUAAGCCGAGUCUUUUCAGCAUCUCGAGACCCAUAGCCAACUACUUACGCCCACACGCACCCACACUCAUUAUGAAGCUCGCCGUCUUCGCCAUCCUCGCCGCACUGGUCCACGCCGCUCCAACCAAGCGACAGGAGGACCAGGACGGCGAUGUCAUCUCGCUGGACUUGACCUACAACUCGCCCCAGCUCGUCGACGACGAGCCCGAGAUCAUCCACAAGGCCGCCAAAGUGCCCCACAACGUCCCGGUGACUGACUGGGCGCGUGAGCUAAUGUACUCGACGCAGAUCCAGGUCGGCACGCCGCCGCAGACCGUCACGCUGCACCUGGACACGGGAUCCGGCGACCUCGCGAUCUGGAACGGCGACAACUGCACCAUGCCCGAGUGCAAGAGCCCGACGAACCAGCCGCAGUUCCACCCCAAGGACUCGAGCACCUUCAAGCUCGUGAACACUUCGGCGCCCCCGCUCCUGCAGUAUGGCAUCGGCUUCAGCCGCGGCGUUUGGGCGCAGGACCGCGUCAGCCUCGGCGGCUUCACGCAGGAGCACCAGAACUUCCUCGCGCAAUAUGGCGGCGAGACGGGGUACGCGGGCCGCAACGUGACGGGCCUCCUUGGGAUGAGCUUCGGCGAGUUGAGCGUCGGCAAGAAAAUCAAGACUAACUGGAUCGCCAAUGCCAUCGGCCGCUUCAAGAAGCCCAUGUUCUCAUUCUACCUGCAGCACACGUCUGCGCUCGCCAACGAAACGAUCCCCGUCUCCACACCCGGCGGCGUCCUCACCCUCGGCGGCGUGAACAAGAAGUACUUCAAGGGCAAGAUCCGCUACACCAAGGUCAAGCAGCCGCUGGGGUUCUGGCGCAUCCCGCUCGACGUCGCGAAGUUCAACGGCGAGGCGAUUACGAACGGCACCGCGGAGGCCGUGAUCGACACGGGCACCUCGCUCAUCUACGGCCCCACCGCCAUCGUCGACCAGGCCAUGGGCUCGAUCCCCGGCGCAAACAAGUACCAGGGCAUGUGGCGCGUGCCGUGCAACACGACUGCGACGUUUUCCCUCACCUUCAGCGGCAAGGAGUGGACCAUUCCCCCGCGCGACUUCCUGUACGUGGCCUCGCGCGCGGACCCGCGCCAGUGCUACACGGCUAUUGUGCCUUCCGUGAGCUCGUACUGGCUCGUUGGCGACUCGUUCCUCAAGAACGUCUACUCUGUCUUCCAGUGGAAGCCUGCGCGUGUCGGCUUCGCCGAGCUGCGCGUGUAAUUAUGAUCAGUAACGACCUCCCUGGCGGAGAUGAACAGUAAUGAACAGCAGUUGAUGAG